UGUCCAGCAGCGCGGCGGCUUUAAGGAGGGAGGCGUGGUGCUGCUGUUUUGACCGACUUGUCCGUGCUGUCACUCCCUACUCUCAUUCAACUGAAUGAACAGGCUCGUGCACUCAACAGGGGAUCGGCUCUGUGCUCCGACGCAUUUUUCUUUUUUCUUUUCUUUUCUUUUUGUUUUUUUCUUAUUUAUUAUAUUUUUUUACGGAGGGGUCCUUUUUUUUGCCUACUGACAACCACACGGGAUUAUUACCUCCGAACAGCUGCUGUUUCCUCGUGAAGAAUCUGGAAGAUCAUGCCCCCUAGAUAGCAGCCUUGUCCUCCUCUCCACUCCCCUUCCCUUGUCCCUGCGGGGCCCCUGUCCUCUGCCUUCCUGGUCGAGUGCCACCAGUGCCAGCUUUGCCGCCACAGCCACCAUGCCACCCAGGAAACGGACGCGGCAGGGCCUGGGCUUCCUGUGCUGCUUCGGCAGCAGCGAGCCGCCUGAGAUCAACCUGAAAGACACGGUGCCGCUGCAGCUGCUGGAGUUCAGCUCGCCGAUGCCACCUGCAGAGGAGCUGCAUGCACGUUUCUCUGAACUGGUGGAUGAGCUGGACUUGACAGAUAAGAACAGGGAGGCCAUGUUUGCUCUGCCCGAUGAGAAGAAAUGGCAGAUCUACUGCAGCAAGAAAAAGGAGCAAGAGGACCCCAACAAACUGGCCACCAGUUGGCCCGACUACUACAUAGACCGCAUCAACUCCAUGGCGGCUAUGCAGACACUAUUUGCCUUUGAUGAGGAGGAAAUGGAAAUGAGGAACAAGGUGGUUGAAGAUCUGAAGACGGCUCUCAGAACUCAGCCGAUGAGGUUCGUCACACGCUUCAUCGAACUCGACGGGCUCACCUGCCUGCUCAACUUUCUGCGCAGCAUGGACUACGAGACGUCGGAGAGCCGCAUCCACACCUCUGUCAUUGGCUGCAUCAAGGCCCUGAUGAACAACUCGCAGGGCCGCGCGCACGUCUUGGCCCACCCUCAGAGCAUCAACACCAUUUCUCAGAGCCUGCGGACGGAGAACAUCAAAACCAAAGUGGCGGUGCUGGAGAUACUGGGCGCAGUUUGCUUGGUGCCCGAYGGACACAAGAAGGUGUUGCAGGCCAUGGCGCAUUACCAGAAAUACGCUGCUGAGAGGACUCGCUUCCAGACUCUCCUGAAUGAGUUGGACAGGAGUACGGGUCGCUACAGAGAUGAGGUCAACUUAAAGACUGCCAUCAUGUCCUUCAUCAACGCCGUGCUCAACGCAGGAGCCGGAGAGGACAACCUGGAGUUUCGCCUCCACCUAAGGUACGAGUUCCUGAUGCUGGGCAUUCAGCCGGUCAUAGAUAAGCUCAGAGAGCACGAAAACGCCACUCUAGAUAGGCAUUUGGACUUCUUUGAGAUGGUGCGAAACGAGGACGACUCUGAGCUGGCAAAACGAUUUGAUCUGACCCAUGUGGAUACAAAGUGUGCUGCUGCCAUGUUUGAGCUGAUCAAGAAGAAACUGAGCCACACAGACUCCUACCCUCAUCUCCUGUCGAUCCUUCAGCACUGCUUGCAGAUGCCCUAUAAACGUGGAGGCUGCAGCCUGCAGCACUGGCAGCUUUUAGACAGGAUCCUCCAGCAGAUCGUCCUACAGGACGACAAAGGAGAGGACCCAGAUGUUGCACCUCUGGACAACUUCAGUGUUAAAAACAUUAUUCGCAUGCUGGUCAAUGAAAAUGAGGUCAAACUGUGGCGAGAGCAGGCGGAAAAAUUCAGGAAAGAACAUGCAGAGCUGCUAGCUAAACUGGAGAGGAAAGAGCGGGAAUGCGAGACAAAGACCCAGGAGAAGGAAGACAUGAUGAAGACUCUGAACAAGAUGAAGGACAAGCUCCAGCGGGAGGGUGUGGAGCUGCGGUCKGCCAGGGAGCAAGUGAUGGACUUGUCGUCUCGCAUCAACGACAUCGCUCAGAGCAAUAUGUCUUCACUGCCUCCUCCACCUCCCGGCGCCCCCAUGGCUCCGCCUCCUCCGCCCAUGUCGGGCGGCUUCCCGCCACCGCCGCCUCCUCUGCCGUUCAGCUGCCCGCCGCCUCCGCCGCCGCCUCCUCCGCCAGGAGGGCCGCCUCCUCCGCCCGGUGCCCCUCCCCUUUUUGGAGCUCCGCCUCCUCCUAUGCCCUCGUCAUUCAACUCCUUGAGCACAAUGCGCGCCAAGUCCAUCCCUCAGCCCUCUCAUCCUCUCAAGUCGUUCAACUGGGCCAAACUUGGAGAGAAUAUGAUCAAUGGCACCAUCUGGAACGACAUCGAUGACCUGAGAGCUUUUAAGAUUCUCGACCUGAAGGACAUAGAGAAGAUGUUUUCAGCGUAUCAGAGACAACAGAAAGAGACAGGUUCUAUGGAUGACAUAUAUGUCAGCACAAGGAAGGUCAAAGAGCUGUCGGUUAUUGAUGGCAGACGUGCGCAGAACUGUGUCAUCCUCCUUUCAAAGUUAAAAAUGACAAAUGAGGAAAUUAAAAGGGCAAUACUGGAGAUGGAUGAGAGAGAGGAGCUGGCCAAAGAUAUGUUGGAGCAGCUGCUCAAGUUUGUCCCGGAGAAAAGUGACAUCGACCUCCUGGAGGAGCACAAACACGAGUUGGAGAGGAUGGCUCGGGCCGACCGCUUCCUCUUUGAAAUGAGCAGGAUCGACCACUACCAGCAGAGACUGCAGGCUCUGUUCUUUAAGAAGAAGUUUGCAGAGCGUUUAGCUGAAACCAAGCCGAAGGUUGAAGCCAUCCUGAACGCAUCCAUGGAGGUGGUCCGGAGCAAGCGCCUGACUCAGGUCCUGGAGGUGGUGCUGGCUUUUGGUAACUUCAUGAAUAAAGGUCAGAGGGGCAACGCCUAYGGAUUCAAGGUCUCCAGUCUGAAUAAGAUUAUCGACACAAAGUCCAGCAUUGACAGGAAAAUCACCAUGUUGCACUAUUUGAUCAUGAUCUUCGAGAAGAACUAUCCAGACACGCUGCUCAUCCAGGAGGACCUCAGGAGUGUUCCAGAGGCCGCCAAAGUCAAUUUGUCAGAGUUGGAAAAAGAAGUGCACAGUAUAAAAAGCGGACUGAAGGCUCUCGAGGCGGAGCUGCACUACCAACAGAGCAGGACGAGGGAACGUGGGGAUAAGUUUGUGGCCGUGAUCGGUGACUUCAUCACUGUAGCUGGAUUCAGCUUCUCUGAACUGGAGGACCAGCUGAGCGAAGCCAAGGACAAGUUUUCCAAGUCUCUGAAGCACUUUGGAGAGGACGAGGGGAGGAUGCAGCCUGAUGAUUUCUUUGGGAUUUUCGACACCUUCUUGCAGUCGUUCAGCGAAGCUCGGCAGGACCUGGAGAACAUGCAGCGAUGCAAGGAAGAAGAGGAGCGGAGGGCACGGAUGGAAGCCAUGCUGAAGGAGCAGAGGGAGCGAGAGCGGCGGGUUAAAAAGGGUGGAGCCUCGGARGAGGUCAGCGGAGAGUUCGACGACCUGGUCUCUGCGUUACGCUCUGGGGAGGUCUUCGACAAGGACCUUAACAAAUUCAAGCGCAACCGCAAGCGCUCCGUCAACCAGCUUGGCGAGGGCGGCGGUCGGGAAAGGGCGGUCACCAAGGUGAACUACUAAGUUGGAGAAAAGGAAGCAGGAACGACAAACUCUUAGAGAUCGAAACUCUACCGUGACGCAGACCUCGGUCUACAGUCGCGGCUGCCGUUGGGGCAGAUGUAAGUAACAGCUGGACUGAAUGUGUUGUGACGUGAGCGGACGGCUGCGCUGCCUGGAUCAAUGCGACGGUCUCCUCUGAUUGGUCUAGUAAAGCAAAGUCCGACUUGUUUGUCUUGAUAAUUUGGAUGGACAGGUGGGCAGACCACUGUGACACAUUGUUCCAUGUCACCUGACUGUAUCCACUGUGCUUUAGGUUCUCCAUGUCUAUCACACCACUUUUUUUCUUUCUUUUUUUUUUUUGCCAUUUCUGCAUUUCCUUGUAAAUCUCCACUGUUUCUUGUGUUUGCUCCUUGGUGCUGCUGGCUCUACGUUUUGCUUAGCUGGCCCUUAAACUCACAGGACAUUGGGAUCAGAUGUAAUAUUGUACAUAGAUACAAGACCAAGAGAAAGGAUUAUAAAGGGGCCUGUGAAGCCCAAACGUUGGAUUUGUUUUAGUGAGAAGAGGCUUAACAACCAUUGAAUGAAUGAAUGUUUGUGAACUACCAAUAUUUCAACAAGGGAUAUGGAGUCCACGAAUCUUUGUGAGCUCCUACAAUGAUAAGACAAGAAUGCACAAUGUGGAGGGGUGGGGGUUUGCCUCAUAACAGAGGAUUUGUUCCAGUGAUUUCUAACUGCACACAAUCCCAACAAGAAACAUGCCAACCACGAGUUUCACAGAAAACCAACAGUUCUCCUCAAGGAAUCAUCUCGGUUGGAUCUACCGUCUACAUGAUGACUGUGCCACAUGGAUUGAGCCUCACCUACACUCCUAGAUGCUUUCAAAUCCGCUCUGGCAUUAGGCUGUGCCAAAGCAGAGAGAAAACAAAUGUAAAUGUAUUAAUACAAAAUAUCCUGCAAUUAGGCGUUGAUAUAUAUUUAUAUUUAGAUGCAAACAAGCUAAUUGCAAAGACGUAGAACUUUUUUUUUUUUAGUUUUUGGCAUUUUGGGAUUUUGUACACACGAUGCAUUCUUUGUUGAUGUUGCAAGUUCACGUUGCUGUUGAAGUGAAUUUCGAUACAUUCUGUGCUUUUUCUCAUGAGCGAUAUUUGCUUGUCCUUUUUCACAACUUUAUAUUUUGUUUGCACUGUGGCUUUUCUCACAAACGUUACUCGCAAAUAUACAAAAGCCAACUAAAACUGAUGAAGGAAUGCCAUGAAACAGAUCUAAACUUAAGGACUCCCUCUUCAGUUCUGAAAUGCUCCCUGAUCUGCUGUCAGUCACUAAAAUUCUGAUUGGUUUUUCUUCUUUAGCUUUAGUCACAAUGUUCGUAAGAUGAACCAUUGAGCCUCWGUGUUAUUUUACUGCCAUGAUCAAAUCACAUUAUGUGAUGGGGUUACUUAUAAUUGUAACAUGAGGGUACAACACAACUCCCCUUGAACUCAGUGAGYGGACAGGGACUAAACUCUGAGAGAGGAUCACCGGAAAGAAUCCAAAUUUUCUUCUGUUUUUGCAGCUUUUCUCGUUGCCAAAAAUCUCACACGCCAGGAUCAGUUUCCUGAUAAUGUUUUUCGUUUUUAAUGUGUCAUUUUUGUAGAAAUUUUAAAUGCAUUUCCAAAAAACUAAGUAGCAGGUUUGAUGAAAGUUCCAACUUUUUGUUUGAGGGCUAAAUAUCACAAAAUAAAUUCCUUUUUGUAACAAUUUUUCCAAGAGCAAGAUGUGAUUGUGGUGUGAAGGAAAU